AUGCCGUCGCUGGCCAGCGCCCGGCCGGACGCCGGUGGCCUGCCACAGCUCACCCGGUCUGCCAGCUAUAACUACAUCCCAGCCCUCGAGGCGACUGGCGAUCUGAGUUGCAUGAGGAAAACGCUGUCUGAAGUCAACCUCGCCCACUCCUCCGACCAGCAGACUGGCGUCCACAACCCCGAUGAAGUGGCCACCGGCAAGGAGAUUCUACGCCAGGCUUCGCUCCGGGCAAAGCGCAACAAGCCAGGUGCUACCUCUGCUUUCACGCUGGGAGAUGACGGUGAGAAGGGCACCAGCGCCGCUACCACUGCUGUUGAGAAACCAAGCAAGCCGCCCCAGGAAUCACCGGCUCGUUCCAAGAAGACCAACGCUGUGACCGGUGCUUUUGUCAACUUUUCUCGCCGUCCAUGGAGGCCGUCGAGGUCCCCGUCACCUGCAAAAAGCUCCAAAACUCCUCCGUCGAACGAACCACUCUCGUUGAACCAAGAUGCGGCCUCCACGGCGCGAACACAGAAAGAUGCCAAGCGGCGGCCUGGUGAUUUAGUCAGGACAGCUAGCUUCCUAGCCAGGAGGCCGAAGAAACAGCCCGCCGCACCAGUGCCUGUUGAGAAGACAGACCCAUCCCCUGCAUCGUCCAAAGCUCCAUCGAUCCGCUCGCUACGCCGAAAGACGUCCUUGGAAAGGCUGGCUGCUUCCGUAGGCCUAUCUAAGAACGAUGCACCUCCACUCCCUCAGCCACCGCCCACGAACAUAAAAAAACAGAAAUCAGAACAGCCGCGGAAACGAGACGAGCUCUGGAAUGUGUUUAGAAGCCUGGAUGCGGAUUACCAGAAGUAUCAUUCAAAAUCUAGUUCACUCAAAGUUAACGUCAUUCGCUCCUCUCUCCUCCCAUGUCUCUCCCGCUACGCCAACCAUCCUUCGAAUACAUGCUUACGGCCAGAGGAUCUCGAUCGACGAGUAAACAUUCUUAAUAAGUGGUGGACGGGUUUAUUAGAAACGCUCGGCGGCCGGACGAGCCAAUGUAUAACUGGCGUCGACCGGCCAGUUUACCUCGAGGCACUUACAGCCAUCAUGAUGAGACCGGAGUGGCGUGUGCCAAUAUUCCCCUGCUCCCCAGGCGCAACACCCACACAGAAAUCAAACUUUACCCAAAAGUCGAACACAUCUCUCGAGUCUACCGGAUCAGACUUCUUGGUCGAGUCCAUUCACCACAACAUCCGUAACAUUCUCUCUCAAAAUCUACUCUCCCAAUUAGCGUACUGUAUCGACAAAAUGUCCACCAGACAUACCCCCGCUAGUCUUGUUUCUUUUGCUGGGAAAACUUGCGCUUACGCUUUCUUUUUUUGUCGUGACGUUGCCGAUAUGCUCACCCGUCUGUGGAGCGUUACACCUGAUUUACUUCGAAGAAUUGUCAGUCAGUAUCCGACAACUGGCAGUCCUGCAAGUAGGGGCGUUGUGUCUGAACAUAUCGCAUCUUAUUUCCCUCCUGCUGCGAGAUCAAUGAGCUUCACCUCGCAUGCGAGCUUGGUUCGUGCCUUGCGUCGAACCGUUUCUAUCCCCCUGGCUGCCUCCAAUAUCAAUUGGUUUGGUCCGUGGAUUUCGCGUUGGUGCGGACGAGAUACAGAUCUUUUCUUCGUCUUUGUUAAACAUUUUCACAUUCUUGUGGCGGAAUUCUUGCCCGAAGACAUUGACCCGUCGAAGCGUGUUUACGUGCCCGGCCUAGUUUCGGCCCAUGCACAAUUGCUGGCGAUAUUGGAAAAUACACUUAAUAAGCAAGCCAACGCCCAAGCCCUGGAAACUCUUCAUACUGCUGCGUCGACUACAUUUGAGGAUUUGAUCGAUAGCGCUGAAGCUACUGCUGCCGGUUUUCCCCUUGGCGCUACGAAUUCGCUGCGAAUAAUGUCAGAAAAUAGACUAAUUUUGAUACUGAAAAACGUGCUUCUAGACGAUACGAUAUCAGCUGAUACUCGACAGUUUUUCCUGGAAACGUUUUGCGCAGUGCUUAAGUUGGCCGCUCGAAAGACAUCGCUUUUUGACCAUGGCCCUUGUUUUGUUCUUUGCGACUUUGUUGAGGAACUCGUCCCCAUUAUUCCUUCUUACUGCCAGUCAACUGGUCAACCAGAUAUUCUUGACUGGGACUUUUGGCUGGACGUUUGCAAGCAAAUGAUGAAAAGCAAUAAUGUUAUGACCGAAGUGAGAGCUUUUUCGUUCAUUUUUGGCAUCUGGGAUGCCGUCAGCCAAAUAGACCGAAGAAAAGAACAUCUUUGUUUAGAGGUACUGUUACACAAGCAGUACUUCUUUCAGUACUUUAGUCACUGGAGCCCCAUGGUGCGCGCGUAUUUCCAUCGUUUGAUUUGCUGGAGACUAGGGCGAUUGAACGAUAGUCCUUCUGCUCUGGAUAGGAGGAUAUACUGUGCUUUGUCUAGUCGAUUAGGAGAUGUUUGGAGUUACUUCCUUUCCUUCCAGGCAGCAGCGGAGAAAAAAGUCACAGCGCCAUUGUCCUCUGUUCCCUGUACUCCAGCUCCUGGUCGCCGUUUAAUCAUCAUUAGAGAUGAUGCAACUCCACCUCCCACAGGUCUCUUUCUAUAUCUAGACAGUGUUUCGCAUGGCCAAUCAAACAAUCCCAGCCCGCGAACUACCAUACCGAGCAUCAAUGCCAGCGCCACCGCGCACGCAACGCAAGCCGAGCCGAAGAAGCGCUGGAAAUCUCUCAAAUCUAUAUUUGGCACAAGCUCCAAUCCCAAGCCUGGCGAAGUUACUCCGCCUGGUAGUAGCUGUGAUGAGGGUGGUGGCUCGGAAGAGCGAGGGCAGGACUCGAAGACUCAUCCAGGGAAAGAUCAAGCGCGUGGAUCGGAUGCAGAUGAUUCCCAAAAAUCAUAUCGAACAUACACAUUCCGCUUCUGCCUCGAAUGGAUGGAUCGUCCAAGAUGCAUUCCAAGAAACAGGAGGCUCUUCCCACCAUCGCUACCCGCACAGACCCAGAUUUUCCUCCAGUCUAGCCGCAAUCCAGCUAUAAGCGGUUCCGAUUCCGGAUCUGGGUCUGGAUCCCUCACCAACUCACUCUCCGAGACGAGUUCUGAACUCGAGUCUGAUACUGACUACGUAGAAGACGUCCUGAGCACCCCAAGUCCGGCCAUGUCUCCGCCAGCUGUCACAUCCGCAAAAGAUGUGCCCUCAGCGCCAGUAGUUAUGUCUUACGCUGCCAACAGCUGCAUUGGCGCAAAUAAGUAUGCCGGUCGAGCCCUGGCAGAAUGGGGGAUGGUAGUUUCUGAGUGUGACUGCUUCUUUCAACGACGACGAGACGAGGGAAUACCGCGUGAUGGCCUGGUUGAGACUCCAAUGCUCGGCGUCGAAAGCUUCAGAAAGUAA